AUGCUGUGUCGAUUUUUGCGUGGACUAAAAAUUGGACCCCAAGUGGGCCACGCUCCUCCCUUUUCCCAUCCUUCCCCUCCCCAUCCCCCACAGACCGCCAACCACAAGACAGCCGUCUACACCAUGAACCCCAAGUGGACCACCAAUCACAAGACACCGACCACCAACCACAAGACAGCGGUCUACACAAUGAACCCCAAGUGGGCCACGCUGCUGCCCCUUCCCCUCGAUAACUGUGUUCCAUUCCCCCAUCCUUCCUCCAUCCCCCUCGAUAACUGUGUUCCAUUCCCCCAUCCUUCCUCCAUCCCCCUCGAUAACUGUGUUCCAUUCCCCCAUCCUUCCUCCAUCCCCCUCGAUAACUGUGUUCCAUUCCCCCAUCCUUCCUCCAUCCCCCUCGAUAACUGUGUUCCAUUCCCCCAUCCUUCCUCCAUCCCCAUCCCGCAGACCACCAACCACAAGACAGCGGUCUACACAAUGAACCCCAAGUGGGCCACGCUCCUCCCUUACACAGACGCCAUCGUGUUCAACGCGGGCCACUGGUUCUUCCAUCCGCCCAAGGACCAAACCACUCCCUGGUACCCAAUCCCAGUCAUGAGCAAGGCGCUGGUAACCGUGCGAGACUAUUUCGCCAAGGCGAACUACAAGGGAGCAGCCGUGUUCUUCACCUUCUCCCCCGUUCACGAGAAGGGCUACUGCAACGCCGCCCAGCCGUUCCCACCGAACGUGCAAGCGGAAAACACGCUGAUGAGCUUCAUCAUGCCUGCCAUGAAGAAACAGGUGCGUGGUUCCAACACACUGGUUACCAGGUACGUGGUUACCAGGUACGUGGUUACCAGACCAUCAUACAAGGGAGCAGCCGUGUUCUUCACCUUCUCGCCCGUUCACGAGAAGGGCUACUGCAACGCCGCCCAGCCGUUCCCACCGAACGUGCAAGCGGACAACACGCUGAUGAGCUUCAUCAUGCCUGCCAUGAAGAAACAGGUGACAGUGAUGAAGCGGUCAACCAUGAAAGUGGCAGAGAUCACCUUCAUGAGCGCCAUGCGGCCAGACGCCCACCUGGGGCUCACCCCGCUCCUUCCUCUCCGCUCCUUCCCUCUCUUUUCCUGCACCCUGCCUCAUUGCAAUCCCACUGCAGAAGGAACUUCACGUGAGGAGGAGGAGGAGGAGGAGGAGGAGGAGGAGGAGGGGUCUGUGGGUUAUGGGUGCGGGGACGCGUGCGUUGGGAGAUGGGUUGUGGAGCAAGGAGGGAGUGCAGCCACUGGAGUCUGUGGGUGUGCCUGA